GGCGAGGGACGGGACGGGACGCGAGGCGGAGAUGGCGGAGACCGGCUCCGUGCACGCCACCCGGUUCGAGGCGGCCGUGAAGGUGAUCCAGAGCCUGCCCAAAAAUGGUUCUUUCCAGCCAACAAAUGAAAUGAUGCUGAAGUUCUAUAGCUUUUAUAAGCAGGCAACACAAGGACCCUGUAAUAUUCCAAGACCUGGAUUUUGGGAUCCUAUUGGUAGAUAUAAAUGGGAUGCUUGGAGUGCCCUGGGAGAUAUGUCCAAAGAGGAAGCCAUGAUAGCUUAUGUUGAAGAAAUGAAAAAGAUACUUGAGAGUAUGCCAAUGACGGACAAAGUUGAAGAAUUACUGCAAGUAAUAGGCCCGUUCUAUGAAAUAGUGGAAGAUAAAAAGAACAGAGGAUCUGGCCUAACCUCAGACCUUAGUAACGUCCUGAAUUCUGCUCCAAAUCUCAAGACUGUGAAUGGAAAAGCUGAGAGUAGUGAUAGUGGAGCAGAAUCAGAAGAAGAAGGACUUCGUGAAGAGGAAGAAAAAGAACUCCAGCAAAAUGUAAAGGAAUGUAAGAAUCUGAAAACAGAAUCAUUAGCUGCUAAGGAUAUGGAAAAUAUUGUUGCUAAUGACUGUUACAAGGACAGCAUUAUCCCAGAUAUGCAGAAUGGAAUCCAGAACAAAUCUGCCUUGAAUGGCUUGAAUGUGGAGGAAGAAAUAAAGAAGACAGAGCCAAGCCUAGAAAUAGCUAAUAACUGUGAUCACCAAGGUGCAAAUGAGGAGAGCACUGAAGAGGUCUCAGGAACUCAGCACUUAACCAGUGAUUCAGACAGCGAAGUUUAUUGUGACUCGAUGGAGCAACUUGGACUAGAAGAGCCCUCAGAGAUCAUCACGUCAGCUAAAGGAUCUUUAAAGCGUUCAUCCCAUUUCUUGGAUGUAGAUCAUCAUCUCCUAUUAGAAAAUACUGAUCUUCCAAGGCGUGCUUGCACAACUGCUGGGAAUCUGCAGCUGGGAAAUGCUGUAGAAGGAGCAGUUCAAGAAAAAGGUGAAGUCAAGUGUGGAGGAGAAGAUGGCAAAGCCAGUAAUGGGGCCCCUCACAAGGAGAAGAAGGAUGGAGAAAAAGCAGAUUUCUAUGGUGUCAGAAGAGGGAGAGGGCACAGACUUCAUCCUUUAGGAGACGGUUCGCAAGGUGGACAGAUGGGUAAUGGAGGGGAUGGAGAGCGCUGGGGAUCAGAGAGGGGGCCGCGGGGCAGCCUCAACGAGCAGAUCGCCGUAGUGCUGAUGCGGUUGCAAGAAGACAUGCAGAAUGUCCUGCAGAGGUUGCACAUGCUGGAGGCAGUUACAGCAUCACAGGCAAGAUCUGCGACACUACAGUCAAAUUAUCCACCUGCCUCCUCUGUUAAGAAACCAUCAUGGUGGCCCUUUGAAAUUUCUCCUGGCGUUUUAGCUUUUGCUAUUGUAUGGCCGUUUAUUGCCCAGUGGUUGGUGCACGUAUAUCUUCAAAGAAAGCGAAGAAAGCUGAACUGAGAAUUCAUGAUGUUGUUUAAGACUGCUAGAAGAAGGUGGCCCUGGGAAGUAAAGGAAUUCUGAAUUCUUAAGAGAACCUCAGGAUUUGGGAUAAUGUUCCUUCUGUUAUAGUAAUAUUUGUUCUACCUUUGAGCUGAACAUUUAAGGACUAACACUACUGAUACUUGAAUGAUUUGCUGCUCCUAGGUUACAAAUAAAAUCUAAUAAUUUCAUCCUUAAAACCACAUGAACAUUAAUUAUUUUGGAACCUGUUUGUGGAUGGGCCUUUAGGAAUUACUAGUCUUGCUGAUGCCAGAUAACAGAGAAAAUGUCAUCUUUGUAAAAGAAAAAGCAAAAUACGUAAAGCUGUCGCUUUAAUAUAGAAAUAAGGUUACAAUGAAAAUAUCCCUACCUGUUUUUCCACAGGUUUAUAUACUAUGAGAUGAAAGCACUAAUGAAGUAUGAAUUAAUACAUUGUGAACUGUUGAAAAAUACAGUGUAGCUCUUAGGAAUUCAACUGGUUAUUUUUGCUGCUAAACCAAUGUGGGACAACUUUCCUUGUAAACUGUUCAGCAGUGAAGUGGGAAGUUUUGGUUAUCCUUCAGGAUCCUAAAUGAGGUAUUACAAGUGGUAACAUCCUAGAAGUUAGAGCCCUUAGUAACAGAGGACUGUGAAGUAUGUAUUUGUAAGUAGGUGUGAUCCCUCCAAAGCAAGGGAUCCAUCUGAAAAGGCUGCACCUUAUAUUUUUAAUGUUGAUUGAUAGCUAUAUUCUUGUUGGCUACAGCUUGUUGUAACUGAAACCAUACUUGAGGCGCAAGGUGCUUUUAAGAAAGCAAGCUCGCUCUGUAAGUAUAUCUCUGAGAUUUGACAAAGCUCUGUGCAUUGCAAGUUUUCUUUUGUCAGUUUAUGUCAAAUUAAAACAAGAGCUCCUAUCCCUCAUCUGUUGUGCACUCUUCCCCACUCGCACUAGGAAAAAUGUUAGGUUUGGUAUUCCUUUCUCUCCUAUCCUUCUGAUUUCUUAGAGAACAAAACUUAAAUUUUGGUGACGAUUCUUUUUCUUUUAUGGAGGAUUUAUUAACCAAGAUACAGCUAGAGAUGUGCAUGUGUAGGUAGGUAAACAUGUAUGUCAGUCUUAAUUUCUACAAAAUGGAAGUGUACUAAAAUUAAUGAGAAAACAAAGACACUUCUUCACCUUAAAGAAUUAAGUUAUCUCACAACCUGUGCAUAAGAUUUGAAUCAUAGAAAUUCACCAUAUUAUUGAUGCACUUUCAUUCUCCAUCCACACCAAAUAUUACAGAUUACUGAGGAAAGCUCUUUUCUGCCCUUCCUGGAAAUCUUUUAUAGUUUGAAAAGCAUUUUUCAUACAAGCUAUAUUGUAAAAAAUGUAAUCACAGAAUUCAAUGUUUGUCUUACUGGGGCAAUUUUAAUCUUGUUUUAAGCCCUUUUUUUUUUUUUUCUUUUUUUUAAAUAAUUAUUUUUCCUUCUUAUGAUUUCCUUAUUGUAAAGCUGAAUUACAAAAUAAAAUGAUCACAAUAUCCUUGAAGACUGUAACAAUCAGCUUCCAUCUGACAGAGGUCAGUUUUGGCAUGAGAUGUACCAAAAACUCAGGUCUGAACAAAUCUCAUGCUGGAGGGGAAGUUCUACUGUGACCUGAAGCCACUGUGCCUGUAGCUUAAAGCCCUUAGAGUGAUUAAUUUAAUGUAAAACAACAGAAAGGAUUAUACAGGAGCAACACUCUAGCUUGAAGGUAACUUCCAACCUACCCCAGCAGGAGGGAGCACCGUGGAGUGCCUCUCCCAGGUGGUAACCAUGGCCCAUGUGGGUGGCUUCCUUUCAGAGAUGGUACAGACAUUCCCAAAGGUACCUGUUAACUUCCCACUGAAAUAAGCAUAGGCAUGUGUUAUGUGUUAUUUAUUAAUGUUUCAAUAAAUCAAUCCUUUAAUAUUUUGUA